AUGAGUCCAGGAAAAGUCUCGAGCGAAAAUGGUCAAUGGCUUGCCCGUCGUUACGAAUAUGGACAAGAGCACCCCGAAUGGGAGGAGUUUUACUUCAAGAACAAAGCUUCUGUUCCGACGCUAGUUGGGAAUGUCAAAAGCUUACGUGAAAUCAUGUUGAAUGUCAAAAUGGGUGGACAAAACAAGGCGGUGCCGAUUACCAAGGGUCUGGUUGUCAAUGAUCAGGUUAUUUCCUCGGAAGAUGGUGUAGAAAUAAAACUACGGAUUUAUACACCAUUUCCCCCGAGUGAAGGAUUACCUAUUAUGAUAUACUUUCAUGGAGGAGGCUGGGCGUUAGGAGACCUCGAGGGCGAAGAUCGAACCUGCAGAGGCAUUUGUGUGAGCACUAGAAUGGUUGUUGUGGGCGUAAACUACAGGCUGUAUGAAAGCAUUCUGUCUAUCUGUCUGCUCCUUGGGACUACGCUAAUUCAAGAAAGUGCACCCGAGCACCCAUAUCCUGCUGCUCUAAAUGAUGCAUGGGCCACAUUGGAAUGGGUUCUCGCCAAUCAAGCUACACACAAGGCCAACGUCAACAAGAUCCUUGUUGGCGGUACAAGUGCAGGUGCAAACUUGGCAGCAGUCAUAUGCCAUCAGGCAAAAGCUCGGGGUGUAACUAUCCGUGGCCAACUUCUUCGCAUUCCUAUUGUGUGCCAAAGCACUCCUCACUAUCGCGAUCUUGGGCUUGAGAGCAUGAAUUACUACCAUGAUACCCCAAUUCUGUGUCGGCAAUCUAUGGUACAGUUUCUUGAAUGGUAUAGCCCACCCGAUGCCGCGGACAUGUCGGUCUCUCCCCUCCUCGCUAUGGAUUUCACGGAUCUGCCACCGGCAUAUAUUCAGGUUUGUGGCCGGGACCCGUUGAGAGAUGAGGGUUUGGCAUAUGCGGACAAACUCGAGGAAUAUGGCGUUCCUGUCAGGGUAAAUGUCUAUCAGGGACUGCCGCAUGCCUUCUGGAUUUUCCCGGAGAUAUCAACGUCGGGACAAGCUGCGCAAGAGUUGCUGGAUGGCAUUGACUGGCUUUUGAAAGAAAUAUCGGACUAG